AUGGUAGCAAUUCAGGAACCAGUAACUACACUUAAACCUGCAGCCAAAGUGUUGCCCGGUAAAAAGACCAAGCCAUACAUCUCUCCAUAUGUGUCCCUUGCGGGCGGUGUUGCGGGUGGGUUCGAGGCCGCCAUGACGUAUCCUUUCGAAUUUGCCAAAACAAAAGUACAACUGCGGGGAAAUUCUUCGACCACCAACCCAUUACUCGUCAUUCGAAAUGUUGUUCAGAGUGACGGUAUCCGUGCUUUAUACACGGGGUGUUCAAAGCUGGUCGUAGGAACGGCAUUCAAGGCCAGCGUACGGUUCUUGUCGUUUGAUUCAAUCCGAAAUGUACUCGCUGAUGAUGCUGGGAAAUUGUCUCCUGCUCGAGGUAUACUGGCCGGCAUGUGUGCCGGCAUUGUCGAAAGCGUGGUAGCAGUCAACCCCCACGGAGAGAAUAAAAACAGCAUUAAUUUCCUCAGAAUCGACGACGCAAAAAGAGAGCAUCGAUUUCACGGCGGAUUGCACGCAGCACGCACCAUGAUCAAGGAAUCCGGCGUCUCAGCCCUCUAUCGCGGCCUCUUAUGGACAACCGCUAAGCAAUGUUCUACUUCAGCUGUAAGAAUGGGCUCUUACAACGUUCUACGAGAGAGUUUGAAAGAGCGUGGUGUGAAGCAGACCCCAGUAGUGACCUUUGCUACCGGAGCGGUAGCUGGGACCGUGACCGUGUACGCCACUCAGCCUUUUGAUACGAUGAAGACACGAUCCCAGGCUGCUGUUGGAGCCAAGACCUCGGAUGCGAUAAAGAGUAUUCUGAGUGAGAACGGCGUGAGAGGGUUUUGGAAGGGAAGCACGAUGAGGCUUGGGAGGUUGGUUUUUAGUGGGGGGAUUGUGUUUAGUGUUUAUGAACAGGUUGCUGCGUUACUUAUACCCUUGCAGAAACAGAGGAUGUUAUAG